AUGGACCCUGUCCACUGCAGGCUAUUUUCAUUAGCAGAACGUUAGUAUGUCUUACCAGAUGCCCAGGUCUGGCAACUAACUCUUCUGAAUAAGUAAUUCAUAAAACAAUCUACCUGUAGAGGAAAUUAUAUAAUUUGUGUCUGUGAUUAUUCCCCAUGACAUCAUGAUCCAAUGUGACAAGGGGUGUACUGCACCCAAAAUAACUGCACUCUACUGCAUUUGCACUCGGUUCCUCUCUCUGCAUUUAGAUAUAUUUAUAUUGAUACUGUAGCUACAUUUGUAUAUCAACUGUAAUUCACUGUAUAUUUGUUUAUCCACUGCUCAUUCUCUUACAGCACUAUGUUCAGCUAACCUUGUCUAUCACUAGCAGCACCAUAUCACCAAGUACAAUUCUGAGUAUGUGUAAAUGAACUUGGUGAAUAAAGAUGAUUCUGAUUCUGAUAUUUUGAAAUAAAAAAAGCUGUAGAGAAAAUGAAGACAAUGUGAUCGUUGUCUGCCCCUCUCUCAGGUCCCCCGUGGGUGAGUCGUCAGGUGGAAGAGCGCCAGACAGCCAGGUUGGGGCGGACAGUGCGGCUGGCGUGCCCCGUAGAGGGUGACCCUCCUCCCCUGAUCCUGUGGGUGAAGGACGGGCGUAACGUCCACCCGGGCUGGAGCCGCUACCGAGUGCUGAAACAGAGCCUGAAGAUCAAAGAGGUGGAGCUGGGGGACGCGGGGGUGUAUGUGUGCCGUGUCACCAACGGCUUCGGAAGCAUCGCCCUCAACUACACCCUCAUCAUCAUCGGUAGGGCCAAGGAGCGUCUGACCUCAUCCCUAGUCAAUGUCCACACACUUACAUUUCAUACACAUCAUGUAAAUACACAAUUACAAUACAAUUACAUACAGACAUGCCUUAUGUUCCAAUUCUCUUUGACUCCUUUAAUGAAUACAUCCCUCUCUAUAUUCUCUCAUACCUUAGCUAGUUAACUGAAUAACUCCAAACCUGUCCCAUAUCGGACCUACUCCCUGAAAUGUUACUAAGACAACUUUUCCCCAGAACCUUGGUAGUGUAGUAGUGUGACCUAGCCUUGAUUCUUCAGUCAAAGAGCACAUGAAGAGGGAUUGUAAUGCAGGAGGCCUACUGCCCCCAAGUUAGCCCCUAGAUGUGAUUAUAUUUGACAGAACCGACAUGACUGGCAGCCCUGGCUUUAUUAAAAGAAUAUGGUUUCAUUUACGUAACCAAUGCAAAAUGAAAAUGUACAAGUGAGCAUUGUAACAAUGCCAGUUUAUGACUUGUUAGCGUUACAGAACCCCAGCAGCUCUUCUGUCAGGUUUCAUAUCAAACCUCACGAGAACAAAGAGAGGAUUCUUUACCGGCUGCUCCUGUCACACUACACCCGGGUGCUUGUUUAUAGUGCUGGUAAUUUAAUCCAGUGUUCCUUAUUUUAUACACACUGUCGGAGGUUUCACCCCCCCUCUGACACAAUGAGAAAUUAAUGUUGCGUGUGUGUCAGUGUGUGAGGUUGUGUGGUAAAAGAGUAAACUCUGUCUGGAAGGUGGUUGGAGGGGGGGGGUAGAGGGUUUUGGCGGUGUAGCUUUUGCGAAAUCCUUCUGGUUGAGAUUGAGGAGGGAUAGCUGCUGGGGGACUGUAGACCGGGUAUUCUCUGCCAGAGCACUCGUCAAGGAGACCGCUGAAAUAGACGACCUGCCGCCUGCACCACUAUAAAUCUGCUCCAGUCCAGUGAUGCUGAAAGACUCUGAGGAGUUGUGAGGAGCGCUGAGUGGUGGGACGGAGCCCCCGGCCCUUCCUGUGCUGGCCUCGGUCGGCCUGAUCCAUGGGGCGGGUGAGGAUAGCAGCUGCUCUGUGUGUGUGUGUGUGUGUGUGUGUGUGUGUGUGUGUGUGUGUGCGUGUGUGCGUGUGCUUGUGCGUGCGUGGAGGAUAAGGAGGAGGAGGGAGGGUAAUUACUCCGUUGAUGACUGAGGUGGUUGAACUGGCCCUGAUCGACCUCCAAGGACCUCCUCCUCUGUGUCCUCCUCGUCAUGUUGGAACUCUGAGCAGGGCCUCCCCUCCCUCCAGCCUCCCUGCGUGGGGAGUGAAGGUAGCUUGCUGCUUUCCUGUUUGGUCCCCUGGAGUAAUGUGGAACUGUGAGUUAUAGUGGCCCUGUUCCCUCUGGGACUGUGCUGAAGUCUUACUGAAGUCAUUAACUAACAAUGGCCCUAGAACAGCCCCAGAACAAAACAGGCUAAAACGUGUAGUUUCAGUAUGUGUUUAGUACAGAGGCUCAGGGCAAUUUGUGAAGGAUAUGGGCUGAUAGUUUAGGAUUGUUGUAAGUUUGUGACACAAAGCAAAGGAUGUGACUUUGCCAAAUUCAAUCUUUUUUAUUAAGUUUAAACAGGGUAUGAAAAAACUCUAGUGACCCCUCUGAGGCCCCUGACUGGUUCCACUCAGGUCCUCCCCUGCAGCAAAAAACACUAUGCAGAUCAGUGGCGGUCGGUGCCGUUUAAGAUGAGGGAGAACUUUUUUUCAUGAGCAUGGCCUUAUUUCUAUUACAGCAUAUUGGAUGACCGUCAUUCAUAUUCCAUUCACCCAGUUCAAUGUAACAUCGAUAGGUUUAGGCUACUAAAUGAUACAAAAAUUUUCCCUAUACCCAUCAUGAGGUUGCUACAACCUAGCCCACGAAUGAAAGUUUACAACGUAGGUGCACACAGGUCGAGAGAAAAAUGUGAGGUGACACAUUGACAGACAGUGACACAUUCAAUACUGCCUUGCACACUCUUGCCUGCAUCUAGCUGAUCUAGGGUGUAAUCAUUAGUCCAACAGUUGCAAACUAGAGUUUCUAUUGGACAAAUUCAGGUAUGUUUAUCCCCGUUUCGUUCCGUUUGCUUCCAAUCAUGCAGUCACGUUACAGUGUACAGUCUGUAAGCAGUUCAGUAAGCAGUUUAGCACUUACACCAGUGGACCCCGGUGGCAAUAAAUUAGUAAAACCAAAAGCUUACCUUGGAAGAGUUUCAGUGUUGUGUUGGAUAGUCAUAGUCAGCUAGCUAACAUAGCAUCCCUCUGUUUGAGCUGGGUGUUUGAGUAGGCUAAACUAGCUAGCUGCAUUUUCUAGCAAAGUAAGUGAAAGUGAAAAGAAAAGAAUGAACUAUAGCUCUCUCUCUCUAUCUCUCUAUAAUAAUAUGCCAUUUAGCAGACGCUUUUAUCCAAAGCGACUUACAGUCAUGCGUGCAUACAUUAUUAUUUUUUUUGUGUAUGGGUGGUCCCGGGGAUCGAACCCACUACCUUGGCGUUACAAGCGCCGUGCUCUACCAGCUGAGCUACAGAGGACCACUAUCUCUCUCUUGCUUUUCCUUCAUUUUUGAAGAAAUGAAUUUGUUCAAAACUGUUAAACUAUUGUCUUUCUCUCUCUUUGAGUCAACUACUCACCACAUUUUAUACACUGCAGUGCUAUCUAGCUGUAGCUUAUGCUUUCAGUACUAGUCAUUCUCUGAUCCUUUGAUAGGUUGGAGGACAUCCUCCGGAAGUUGUUAUAAUUACUGUGUAAGUCAAUGGAAGGGGGUGAGAACCAUGAGCCUCCUAGGUUUUGUAUUGAAGUGAAUGUACCCAGAGGAGGAUGGAAGCUAGCUGUCCUCCGGCUACACCAUGGUGCUAUCCUACAGAGUGCUGUUGAGGCUACUGUAGACCUUCAUUGCAAAACAGUGUGUUUUAAUCAAUUAUUUGGUCACGUGAAUAUAUUUACUAUAGUUUUACCUAAAAAGGAUAACGUUUUUAAUGUUUUACUAUUUUUAUGAAAUUCACUUUGGAGGAUGGUCCUCCCUUUCCUCCUCGGAGGAGCCGCCACUGAUGCAGAUAUAUGUCAGGCUGCAGUACAACAGAAAGACAGACAGAGCGAAAGGGCAACUCUAGCCACACUUAAAGAGCAACUAAUCCCUUUGAAAAUGGCCUAUGUGGCAUCGAUAUAAGUCAGAAACAUUUAUUCUAGUGUCAAAAUUGACUACAAAGUGUAAAUAGGAUAGUUUUGGUCGUAAAGUCAGUCUCGCCUAAAACUGAGUUUGGAACCUCAGUGCGUCACAACGAGUAAAUUAAGGAUGAGUUUGGAUUACAAUUAUGUCAACAAAUCUUACCCCCUUUUGCCAAGCUCCACGUGCAAAUCGCCCCUCCGCUUCCCUUCAUUGAAUGGGGCAUCAUUGUUUCAUCACCCCCAACGCAUUCAAAGGAUCACGGACCCUAAACGGAUUGACAAUGCCUCCACAGCCAAAGUUCUAUGGUUUGCAUGCCCUGCCGAAGGACCGUAGGAUGUUGAAUAGGUGCUUGGAGUUCGUCGGUCCCCAAGUCUGCACCAGUAACGCUAUCUUGGUGUGCAACGAUCGGUGGUGGUGAGUAUAGCCAGAGAAACUGGAAUAUAAUGACCUCUCUGGUAUAAUUUAGCUAACUCUUAGAUAACGUUAUUGCUGGUUAUGUAAGUAGCUAUCUUUUAAUAUAGCGAGAAUGGCUAGCUAAUGUUAUCUAGUGAGGCAGGCUAGCUAACGUUUUAGCUAACGUUUGUGUAGGUAGCUCAUACAAGUUUAUUGUGUAUUAUGUAGAUACCGCUGGUUAUGUAACGUUUAUCAUUUCAUAAUGCUAGCUUACUACAGGCCAGCUAACGUUAGCCUACAAGUCGGAUUUGCAAGUUAAUUCUUUUGUAUUGUCUAGGGCAAAACUAAAUAAUGGAUGCAGCUAUGGUGGUAGCUAACUCAUGUUUGAGUCUGACUUAUACAGUGAACUAGGAGCAACAAACCGUAAUGGCGUCACCGGCCUGAAUCUAAUCCAAUCUGGAGCUACAGUCAGUCUACAUCUGUAAUGCAUACAAUUAGGGUGUCCACUAGUUACCACAGCCACAAAGCCAAAAUUGGCUAUAUCGUAAAAGUUUAUGAAGACACAUUUGCUUUUUGGUAUUAAUUUAAAGCAGGGUUGUCAAACUAAUUUUGAGUAAAAAAAAAAAAUCUCUCUCAUAUAUGUGUGUGUGUGUAUGUGUAUAUAUAUAUACACACACUACAUGACCAAAAGUAUGUGGACACCUGCUCGUCGAACAUCUCAUUCCAAAAUCAUGGGCAUUAAUAUGGAGUUGGUCCCCUCUUUGCUGGUAUAACAGCCUCCACUCGCUUUCCACUAGAUGUUGGAACGUUUCUGCGGGGAAUUGCUUCCCCAUUCAGCCAUGAGCAUUACUGAGGUCGGGCACUGAUGUUGGUCAAUUAGGCUCGCAGUCGGCCUUCCAAUUCAUCCCAAAGGUGUUCAGUGGGGUUGAGGUCAGGGCUUUGUGCAGGCCAGUCAAGUUCUUCCACAUCGAUCUUGACAAACCAUUUCUGUAUGGACCUCGCUUUCUGCACGGGGGCAUUGUCAUGCUGAAACAGGAAAGGGCCUUCCCUAAACUGAUGCCACAAAGUUGGAAGCACAGAAUCGUCUAGAAUGUAAUUGUAUGCUGUAGCGUUAAGAUUUCCCUUCACUGGAACUAAGGGGCCUAGCUCGAACCAUGAAAAACAGCCCCAGACCAUUAUUCCUCCUCCACCAAGCUUUACAGUUGGCACCAUGCAUUUGGCAUGUAGCGUUCUCCUGGCAUCUGCCAAACCCAGAUUAAUCCGUCGGACUGCCAGAUGGUGAAGCGUGAUUAAUCACUCCAGAGAACACGUUUCCACUGCUCCAGAGUCCAAUGGCGGCGAGCUUUACACCACAAGAGCCGACACUUAGCAUUGCACAUGGUGAUCUUAGGCUUGUGUGCGGUUGCUCGGCCAUGAAAACCCAUUUCAUGAAGCUCCCGACGAACAGUUCUUGUGCUGACGUUGCUUCCAGAGGCAGUUUGGAACUCGGUAGUGAGUGUUGCAACCGAGGACAGACGAUCUUUACGUGCUUCAGCACUCGGCGGUCCCGUUCUGUGAAGCUUGUGUGGCCUAACACUUCGCGGCUGAGCCGUUAUUGAUCCUAGACGUUUCCACUUCACAAUAACAGCACUUACAGUUGACCGUGGCAGCUCUAGCAGGGCAGAUAUUUGACGAACUGACUUGUUGGAAAGGUGGCAUCCUAUGACGGUGCCACGUUGCAAGUCACUGAGCUCUGCAAUGUUUGUCUAUGGAGAUUGCAUGGCUGUGUGCUCAAUUUUGUACACUUGUCAGCAACGGGUGUGGCUGAAAUAGCCGAAUCCACUCAUUUUGAAGGGGUGUCCACAUACACUACCGUUCAAAAGUUUGGCGUCACUUACACAUUUCCUUGUUUUCCAUGAAAACAUACAUGAAAUGAGUUUGAAUAGGAAAUAUAGCAAAAUGAAUUGGAAAUGUAGUCAUUGACAAGGUUAGAAAUAAUGAUUUUUAAUUGAAAUAAUAAUUGUGUCCUUCAAACUUUGCUUUCGUCAAAGAUUCCUCAAUUUGCAGCAAUUACAGCCUUGCAGACCUUUGGCAUUCUAGUUGUCAAUUUGUUGAGGUAAUCUGAAGAGAUUUCACCCCAUGCUUCCUGAAGCACCUCCCACAAGUUGGAUUGGCUUGAUGGGCACUUCUUACGUACCGUACCAUACGGUCAAGCUGCUCCCACAACAGCUCAAUAGGGUUGAGAUCCGGUGACAGUUCUGGCCACUCCAUUAUAGACAGAAUACCAGCUGACUGCUUCUUCCCUAAAUAGUUAUUGCAUAGUUUGGAGCUGUGCUUUGGGUCAUUGUCCUGUUGUAGGAGGAAAUUGGCUCCAAUCAUGCACCGUCCACAGGGAAUGGCAUGGUGUUGCAAAAUGGAGUGAUAGCCUUCCUUCUUCAAGAUUCCUUUUACCCUGUACAAAUCUCCCACUUUACCACCACCAAAGCACCCCCAGACCAUCACAUUGCCUUCACCAUGCUUGACAGAUGGCAUCAAGCACUCCUCCAGCAUCUUUUCAUUUGGUCUGCGUCUCACAAAUGUUCUUCUUUGUGAUCCGAACACCUCAAACUUCGAUUUGUCGGUCCAUAACACUUUUUUUCCAAUCUUCCUCUGUCCAGUGUCUGUGUUCUUUUGCCCAUCUUAAUAUUUUCUUUUUAUUGGCCAGUCUGAGAUAUGGCUUUUUCUUUGCAACUCUGCCUAGAAGGUUAGCAUCCCGGAGUCACCUCUUCACUGUUGACGUUGAGACUGGUGUUUUGCGGGUACUAUUUAAUGAAGCUGCCAGUUGAGGACCUGUGAGGUGUCUGUUUCUCAAACUAGAGACACUAAUGUAUUUGUCCUCUUGCUCAGUUGUGCACCGGGGCCUCCCACUCCUCUUUCUAUUCUGGUUAGAGCCAGUUUGCGCUGAUCUGUGAAGGGAGUAGUACACAGCGUUGUACAAGAUCUUCAGUUUCUUGGCAAUUCCUCGCAUGGAAUAGCCUUCAUUUCUCAGAACAAGAAUAGACUGACGAGUUUCAGAAGAAAGUUAUUUGUUUCUGGCCAUUUUCAGCCUGUAAUCGAACCCACAAUUGCUGAUGCUCCAGAUACUCUACUAGUCUCAAGAAGGGCAGUUUAAUUGCUUCUUUAAUCAGAACAACAGUUUUCAGCUGUGCUAACAUAAUUGCAAAAUAGUUUUCUAAUGAUCAAUUAGCCUUUUAAAAUGAUAAACUUGGAUUAGCAAACACAACGUGCCAUUGGAAAACAGGACUGAUGGUUGCUGAUAAUGGGCCUCUGUACGCCUAUGUAGAUAUUCCAUAAAAAAUCUGCCGUUUCCAGCUACAAUAGCCAUUUACAACAUUAACAAUGUCUACACUGUAUUUCGGAUCAAUUUGAUGUUAUUUUAAUGGUCAAAAAAAUCAAAAACAAGCACAUUUCUAAGUGACCCCAAACUUUUGAACGGUAGUGUAUAUUUUUUGUUAUUUUUAUUAAUCAAACCACCCGCAUGCUGGAUUGAAAACAAACUCAAUAUACUUAAAAAUUACUCAAACCAAAUUGAAACUGUGUAGAAAUGAUAAUGGUCCUACAUUCAUACAGUUCCUUGACUGUGUCCAGCUCACUAAAACAACCAAAAUGAAUGCUAGACAGUCAGGAAGCAUUGAAAAUCCCCAAAAUGAUGGAUUCUAUUUUUUGUCCAUUUUGACAGUGAGGAAAUAUAACAUGUUUUCAGUGUGGCCCUUCGUACCUCGCUGAAGACAAAAUGAGUUUUGACAACCUUGCCUUAUAUUAAGACCAAAAAUCAAAUUUUUGUUUUCAUAAACUUUUACGAUAUAGCCAAUUUUGACUAUAUAAGGUUAGGGUUAAUUAAGGUUAGGUUUAAAAUUACCUUUUAAGAAGAUAAAUUGUAGAAGUAGGCAGGCUUUAUGACUUUGUGGCUGUGGUAACUAGUGACGACCUAGCAUUAGUUUGACCCGAGUUACUGCCCUGAUGACACAGACGGCUUCAUCAACAACGGUAAUGUGUGUUGUGUGAAAAGUUGUAUUAAAAAAUACCCGGUUUGAUAAACUAGUAGGUUAAUUGCCCAGCCAUGCAGAUACAAGUAGUAGAGUCAUUUUGGUUGUGAAGUCCAAUAUCAAAAACAUUUGUCCUUUCUUUAUAACAAAAUGCAAUUUACCACUGUCCUCGGUUGCAACACUCAUGUCACAUGCCCUCCCAGUCAACACCACCUCAUAAGAUGAGGGAGUACAUUGUUUAUAAGGAUUGCCUGCUGCAGUUGUUCGAGAGAUGUCCAGUUUGCAGUCGAACAUGCAACAUAGAAAAGACCAGCAAAGGAACCCUCAGCAUCACGUAGACAUGACCUCGCUGUGAGCAUUUCUAUAAAUGGAAUCAGGUUGGUGACAUUUUACCUGGUCAAAACAGUUAUGAGUUUUGUCCCAAUUCACCUUCAUAAUCUAGCCUGGUGGAACCAGCCUGACCGCUGCGUUUCCAUUCUAUUUCACUUCACAUAUCAUGAUAUCUGAAGUGAAAUAGAAAGGUGAAUGCAGCGAUCAGGUUGGUUCCACCAUGCUAAUCAUAACCACCAUUGAUAAUGUAAUCAGUGCUCUGUCUGUGUGUUUGUGUGUGACCGACCAGUAUCUUUGAUGAGGGGUCAGGAGCUGAUCUACGCUGCCAUGCCCAACAAUGGGACACUGGCAAAGACUUUACCUCCAGCCUCACCUCUUGCCUGCUCACCAACGGUCAUGGAUGGGGAGACCAGAAUUAGGUAGGUUUAGUCUGACCUGUUCAAACUUCAAGAUAGUUUGUUGUUUGUCAGAUAUCACCUAUCCUAACUGCCAUUGGCAAUAGAACAGUGACUGUGUGUGUGUUCACAGAUGCAUCUAUGGAGGCAGCACUUGGGAGACUUGCAAAAGGAUGUGAUGGAGUCCUGGCCGACAGACCAGCUUGAUACUGACGUCUCUGAAUGGAGAGAGACCUUGCACUCAACACAUCCACAGUGUGGGACUGAAGGGGAUUACUAAUAAUACAGUAUAGCAGAAAUGUCCAGCAUUUGCAAUACCCUUUUCAUUCCAUGUGUCACUGAUGAACUCUGCCUCAACUCUGCCUAUUUCUACAGAUGGACUGUAGAUGCUUUGCCAGACGCCAGCCUCGGUUGUUUGAUGGGGAGACCAUAAUUGAAUAGGUUUUAUCUGACAUAGUACCUGUUUGUGUGUCAGAUAUGAACUAUCCUAACUGCCGUCGGUAAUAGAACGAACAGUGACUAUGUGUGUAUGUGUUCACAGAAACAUGUAUGGAGCUAGCACAUGGAGACUUGCAAGAUAAUGUGAAGAAGGCCAGACCGACCGACGGGCUUGAAACUGAUGUCUCUAAAUGGAGAGAGACCUGGCACUUGGCAUAACAUUUUUACUAGACACAACUUUUACUUGUAUUGUCUUUUUUUAUUAUUGAAUUGAAUGGUAUCAGUCAAUAUGGGGAGGGAGAGGCACAGUAUCUGUAUCGGCUGGGAAUGACAAUGAAAAGUUAAAGGUGCGCACAUUGUUAUAUUAGCAGAACACUGCUACUAUGGUAUUAUGUAAAGGGUGUUUAUUCUACACUGACCUGUUACUACAUUUGAAAGUGAUCCAAACACUUAGUUUAGAAAAUCUACAUAAAUUCAGCAAUUGCAUUCUUCUCAUAUUACUCUGUAGGCUACUGACCUAUUCAAAGCUUCCUCCGGCAUCUCACCAUACAUCUGCCUGUAGUUAUUGAACUCAACGUGCAGGAGGUUUGUUUGUUGUGAUUGAGUGGGGGGAAACAGCUGAAAUGGCAUCCCUUGAGAGGGCAAUAAUGAAAUAUAUGUUAGAAGUACAAUAGUAUCAUAAGGAGACAUAUACUUGGAAUACUGAGGAGGAAUAGAGGGAAAAAGAGAGGCAGAGGAAGUCGAAGAGAGAGAAGGAGGAAGAGGGUGAGCUUGAGUCGGGUAAAAAUUGAGGAAAAAAGGGAGAUGGUUUGUCGAAGAAGAAUGGUAGAAAGUAUAAGCCAAGUGAGUGGAACUCCGGAUCGAGGUCUGGAGGAGAAAUUCAAUUGAGGGAGAAUUAUCGGAGGUGGCAGGUGUGGCGAAAUCCUCAGAGGAUAAAGAUGAGUCUGUGACAGUAGGAGUGACAUUUUUGUAGAAGGCGACCCCUGCCUUUUGGCUUAUCCAUUUGUGGUUUCAGGGUGGGUGAAAACAGAGUUGGGUGCUAUGGAAUCGGUGAAGGUAACCCGAAGUGGUCUUGUGAUAAUUGGGACAAGAGAUGUGACGACUUUUGCUCUCAAGAGCAAAUUGAAAGGAGUGAUUACUGGGAUAGCGGUAAAUGUGAAAGUGGACCAACUGAAGGGGAAGAUUCCCAGUGUUUGUGAUGCUUGUCAUUUGGUGCGACACAGAAAGGGUGGUGUGAGUGGUGAAACAGAAGAGUCAUUGUCUGUUCUUUUGAGUUUUGAUCUUGAGUCUCUGCCCGACAAAGUGAUGUUAGGAUACUUCAGUUAUCCUGUACGAACUUAUGUGCCGAAUACAUUACGUUGUUACAGGUGUCAAGCUUAUGGGAAUGUGGCAGUGUGCAGGAGGGAGAUUCCAAGGUGUGAGAAGUGUGCAGAAGGGCAUGAGACAAAUGAAUGUGUAGCAUUGGGGAAAGAAGCAGUAUGUGUUAAUUGUAGGGGUGCCCGUGGGGCUGGGGAUCUGAAGUGUCUGCUGCGAGAGAGGCAAGUUGAGGUUACCAGGUAGAGUAGAGGGUGUCAUAUGCUGAGGCAGUGAAGAAAAUUGAAGAAGAUGGUUCAAGGGGGAGGGAUCCUGAGAGGAGUUGUGUGAAUAUUAGAUAUGUAUCAGUAUAGAGGGAAAGGCCAAAGAGUGAUAUAUGCUUUAUUAAGAUUGGCUUUUUAGGGUUCAUAGCAAUGGUUAUCAACUGUACUGCAGGGAUGGAACGUAAGUCUCAGAAAAUAGAGGUAGUGGUGGCAACUGCAGAUAAUUUAUUUGGGUGUACGAGAUUUGACGUCAGAAGAGUUACAGGGUGUGUCCUGUCUUUUCAGACUGUUAGCCUGAGGUAGGACUAGAUAGGUUUAAAUAGUGUAGUAGGGUGUUGGGUUAGAUGGUAGGGUAUUUGUUGAUUUAUAAGAGAGUUAUACUCCAGUCUAGUUGGUGACAGUAAUGCAGCAAAUAUUGGAUGCCAACCGCCGUUAAACCUCAUGGAAGAAGAAGAGGAAACAGCUGUGGGCAAGGUUCUGACAGAUGGGUGUGUCUUGGUGGUGGCAAGGACACACCCAAGAAACAACCACAUCAAGCCACACCUCUAAGCCAACUCACGUUUGGGUUCUGUCAUGGCCGCCAACAUUUCUUGAGGAGCAAGCCAAAAAACGAGGCUAAAUCAGUGGGUGCAUUUCCGCUUUUAAGUAUUCAACACAGAGGUACACUAAAUGACCAAAAGUAUGUGAACAUCUCAUUCCAAAAUCAUGGCCAUUAAUAUGGAGUUGGUCCCCCCUUUGCUGCUUUAACAGACACUCUUCUGUGAAGGCUUUCCACUAGAUGUUGGAACAUUGCUGCAGGGACUUCCUUCCAUUUAGCCAUAAGAGCAUUAGAGGUCGGGCACUGAUGUUGGGUGAUUUGGCCUGGCUCGCAGUCUGCGUUCCAAUUCAUCCCAAAGGUGUUCGAUGAGGUUGAGGUUAGUGCUCUGUGCAGGCCAGUCAAGUUCUUCCACUGAUCUCGACAAACCAUUUCUGUAUGGACCUCGCUUUGUGCACGGGUGCAUUGUCAUGCUGAAACAGGAAAGGGCCUUCCACAAAGUUGGAAGCACAGAAUGGUCUAGAAUGUCAUUGUAUGCUGUAGCGUUAAGAUUUCCCUUCACUGGAACUAAGGGGCCUAGCCCGAACCAUGAAAAACAGCCCCAGACCAAACUUUACAGUUUGCACUAUGCAUUCGGGCAGGUAGCGUUUUCCUGGCAUCCGCCAAACCCAGAUUUGUCCGUCGGACUGCCAGAUGGUUAAGCGUGAUUCAUCACUCAGAGAACACAUUUCCACUGCUCCAGAGUCCAAUGUCGGCGAGCUUUACACCAUUCCAGCUGACGCUUGGCAUUGCGCAUGGUGAUCUUAGGCUUGUGUGCGGCUGCUCAACCAUGGAAAUCCAUUUAAUGAAGCUCCCGACGAACAGUUCUUGUGCUGACGUUGCUUCCAGAGGCAGUUUGGAACUCGGUACUGAGUAUUACAACCUUCAGCACUCGGUGGUCCCGUUCUGUGAAGCUUGUGUGGCCUACCACUUCGCGGCUGAGCCGUUGUUGCUCCUAGGCAUUUCCACUUCACAAUAAUGGCACGUACAGUUGACCGGGAAGCUCUAGCAGGGCAGAAAUUUGACGAACUGACUUGUUGGAAAGGUGGCAUCCUAUGACGGUGCCACGUUGCAAGUCACUGAGCUCUUCAGUAAGGCCAUUCUACCUCCAAUGUUUGUCUGUGGAGAUUGCAUGGCUGUGUGCUCAAUGUUAUACACCUGUCAGCAACGGGUGUGGCUGAAAUAGCCGAAUCCACUAAUUUGAAAGGAGUGUCCUCAUACUUUUGUAUAUAGUGUAUUUGGUGACAUUCAAUAGCACCUGUUGUCAACAUGUCUCUAAUCUUAUCAACUCCUCCUCAUAGCAAGCACGGGCAGAGAGGCAAGUCUAACCUCAAGUUCCGAUCCCUUUUUCUUUAUGACUGCUUCAAGCCAGCAACACACUGAGUAGAGCAUGCUUGUCAUAAAAAUGUAUCCCUGUAGCUGAUAUUCUGUUCUUGGCUCUUGAUGGCUCGGUGUGAUAAUUUGGCUGUAAACCCGAGUGAGGUAACAGUAAUUUAAAGGUCUUUUUUAACACAUAGACCACAGUUCUCACUGAAGUACUUUUUCUUUGUGCUUUUCUGCACACAAGUGUAAAUAGAAACAUAUUUUUCCCACAAUAGUGGCAGGAGAAAAUUACCCCAUAGGUAUUAGUUGUGCUCUUGACUUGCGUUUUUGCAGCUGCAUGGUAUGUUUUAAUGACAUCAUAAACACAGGUCCAAUCUCACACUGCUGGGUGAGUAUUGCUGGGUUGUUACUGCUGCGUUAUGUGCUGCUCCUUGGCAAAAACAAGGCUUUACAAUGUCUCCCUCUUUUUACCUCCAUGGCAGUAAAAGUGUUCUUUUGUCAGGGGAUGUUUAAAACAUUUGGAAGCUGUCAAAGUUCAGGAGAGGUAAAGCUUGACCCCUGACCUCUGGUGACCUUCCCACCACUCACUCUGGACAUCCUGUCCGGCAGGGGGACAAAUCCUUCAUCACUCCAUUUCCCCCCUAGUCCCCAGUGUCCCACUCACAGCACCCAGGCCCCAAUGGCCGCUCCAUCUCCCCCACCACCACUGCUGCCCAGGGCCUGGUUAGCUGUACCCCUAUCACUGGCUACACGCCUAUUCCUAGCUGUAGCCUACCCCUGGCUGUAACCAUGGCUAUAGCCCUGGUGGUCCCUUAG